GUCAAAUACUCAAUCGUUCAACAGCCAAAUCAGAAAGGCACCAAAUUCACCGUUGACGAAGAGACCGGCGAGGUGUCCACCAACAAAGUGUUCGAUCGCGAAGGUGACGAUGGUAAAUUCGUUUCGGUCACCGUUAAAGCGACUGACCAAGGUGAACCUAGCUUAGAAGGCGUGUGUUCUUUUACAGUAGAAAUUACAGAUGUCAACGACAAUCCACCACUCUUUGAUCGACAAAAAUAUGUCGAAAAUGUGAAGCAAGACGCCAGCAUCGGCACAAACAUACUGCGCGUCUCCGCCUCCGAUGAGGAUGCCGACAAUAACGGAGCCAUUGUGUACAGCUUGAGCGCCCCCUUCAAUCCCAACGAUUUGGAGUAUUUCGAUAUACAGGCUGAGUCGGGUUGGAUAGUGUUAAAGAAGCCGCUUGACCGCGACCGCUAUCGUUUGCGGGUGCGCGCCUCGGAUCGUGGUGAGCCACCAUCCUAUGCCGAUGUCGAUGUUGAGUUAGACGUAGUUGACCGCAAUAACAAGCCGCCAAUAUGGGAUAAGAGCAUUUAUGGGCCAAUACAUAUACGCGAAAAUGUCACUGUGGGUACGGUUGUAACAUCGGUGAAGGCAAGGUUUGUAUCUACUCCUGCUCUGUUGUUCACAAGCAUCGACAAGCUACAUGCAUACAGAUGUAUGUAUAUGUCUCUUGUAAUUCUUACCUGUAUUUUAAACAUAACCACUUUGUAA